AUGGGGCUGAGGCUGAAGGUCCGUGGGCGGCAGGACGAAGCGGGAGCUCUUCCCGGCAGUGCGAAGCUCCCGGCGGGGAGGAGCGGGCGCUUUCCCUGCGCGCGAGCCGAGCGUUUCGGCAGGACUGAUAGCGCCCUGGGAUAUGCGGAGCGCAUGGCGGUAUCCACCGUGCGGGUGUUGAACGAGGGCGGGAGGGCCUCGUCCCGCCAGGCCGGGGCGAUGCUGCCGCCGGGGCGGGUGCGGAGCUUGGCGGUGGAGCUGGAGGGCGGCGGCGGCGCCUACCGCGUCGGGGAGCUGCUGCGGGGCCGCGUGCGGCUGGAGCUGCGCGGCGCCCUGCGCCUGCGGGCGCUGCAGGUGUGCGCGCGCGGCCGCGCCACCGUGCACUGGCUCGAGAGCCACAGCAUGGGCCUCAACACCGUCUACUGCAACUACACCGCGAGCCAGACCUUCCUGCACCGCUGCUGCCACCUCGUCCCCGGUAAGGCUGCUGACACGGGGGACACCAUCCUGUCCCCUUCACGCGCCGGCGCCAGCAGCGCCUACACGCAGAGCUACAGCGAGCGGCUGGAGUUCCUGAGCCAGCGGCGCACGCUGCUCGCGCCCGCAGACAGCGGCGAAGUCACCGUCCUGCCGGCGGGAAGACACGAGUUCCCCUUCACCUUCCAGCUCCCCGAGACCCUGGCCACCUCCUUCGAGGGCAAAUACGGCAGCGUGCGCUACUGGGUGAAGGCCAAGCUGCACCGGCCCUGGGCCGCCGCCAGGAAGGCCAAGAAGGAGUUCACCGUCAUCGAGCCCGUUGACAUCAACACGCCCGCCCUGCUGGCUCCACAGGCGGGUGCCAAGGAGAAGGUUGCCCGGGCCUGGUACUGCAACCGCGGGCAGGUUUCCGUCACUGCCAAGAUUGACCGAAAAGGCUACACCCCAGGCGAAGUCAUCCCCAUCUUUGCCGAGAUCGACAACGGCACUAGCCGAGCCGUCGUGCCCAAGGCCGCCAUCAUCCAGACUCAGACCUUUGUGGCCCGCGGCACCAAGAAGCAGAAGAAGCUGGUGGUGACCAGCAUCGUGGGCGACUCCGUCGCGGCCGGCAAGAGGGACGUGUGGCACGGGCGGGCGCUGAAGAUCCCGCCGGUGGGCCCUUCCAUCCUCCACUGCCGCAUCAUCCAGGUGGAAUAUUCCCUAAAGGUCUGCGUGGAUAUUCCCGGCAGCUCCAAGCUGAUCCUGGAGCUGCCGCUCGUCAUCGGUACCAUCCCGCUGCAUCCAUUCGGGAGCCGCACCUCCAGCGUCAGCAGCCAGGGCAGCGUCCACAUGGAGUGGCUGAGCAGCAUCCCGGAGCGGCCGGAGGCUCCCCCCGAGUACUCGGCGGUCGUGUCCAGCCCGGAGCUGGAGCAGAGCCUGGCGCCGCCGAGCCCCGAGCUCGGCUCCGCGCUGGACGGGGGACCCUUCUUCGCCUACAUCCAGGAAUUUCGCCUCCGGCCACCUCCGCUCUACUCGGAGGUUGACCCGAACCCGCCUGCGGAGACGACGCGGCCGCGCUGCAUGACCUGCUGAGCCGUGAGCGACCACGCUGUGAUCCCAGGGAUCCUGGCAACGGGGACACCGCUCCC